GGCGGCCGGAGGCCAGGGGAGGAGCUGGCGUUGCCUGCGGGGCGAUAGGGCGACCGCAGCCCGGCUGGGCAGGCCGGUGGACAGACCAGAGGACCCGCGGAGGGAGAGGACCGGCCAGCGCGCUGGGGCUGUGACCCGCGGCCAGACGAGGACUCGCUCUAAUCCACCGAGGCGGCCCCGGCAUCCGCAGGUCCUUCCCCUGGACACCCGUCCCUCCGCCCAGCCUGGCCAUGGCCCUGUGCCUGAAGCAGGUGUUCGCCAAGGACAAGACUUUCCGGCCGCGGAAGCGCUUCGAGCCGGGCACACAGCGCUUUGAGCUGUACAAGAAGGCACAGGCAUCGCUUAAGUCCGGCCUGGACCUGCGCAGUGUGGUGAGGCUGCCGCCGGGCGAGAAUAUUGACGACUGGAUCGCCGUGCACGUGGUGGACUUCUUUAACCGCAUCAACCUCAUCUAUGGCACCAUGGCUGAGCGCUGCAGCGAGACCAGCUGCCCGGUGAUGGCUGGAGGGCCCCGCUACGAGUACCGCUGGCAGGACGAGCGGCAGUACCGGCGGCCAGCCAAGCUCUCGGCACCGCGCUACAUGGCCUUACUCAUGGACUGGAUUGAGGGCCUCAUCAACGAUGAGGACGUCUUUCCCACUCGUGUUGGAGUCCCCUUUCCCAAGAACUUCCAGCAGGUCUGCACCAAGAUCCUGACCCGCCUCUUUCGAGUCUUUGUCCAUGUCUACAUCCACCACUUCGACAGCAUCCUCAGCAUGGGGGCCGAGGCACACGUCAACACCUGCUACAAGCACUUCUACUACUUCAUCCGAGAGUUCAGCCUGGUGGACCAGCGGGAACUGGAGCCACUGAGGGAGAUGACAGAGCGGAUCUGUCACUGAGCCUCGACCUGGACACUGUUGCUCAUCAGAUGAUCGUCUGAAUAUAGAGUGGCUGAAGAGGGGGACCCUCAGGAGUCUGGUGGCAGAGGAACCUGAAGGCCCUGGGACCCCUCCACACACCCAAAGCCCCUGGACUUCUGGUUCUCAGGAGUCUGCCCAUAUGUCCCCCGACUGCUUGUGAGUGGAGAAAGGGAGGAUUUAAACGUGGGCAAACAGGAGGAAAGGUGGAGCUAAACCUCUGACAUGAAGUCUAGGGAUGGGGUAUGCUAGAGGGUUUCCACUCUGACACUUGACCUUUUCGUGGUGGUUCCCAAGCCUAACUGGGCAAUGUGGAUGUGGUUGAGGUGCUGGCAAGAAAGGUACAAGAGUGAACAGCCUGUGUGUGAGUGAGCAGUGUGUGUGUGUGUGUGUGAUUUUGACUGUGGAGAGCAUCUGUGAGAGCCAGCCACCUUAGACCCUGCCCUCCCUGGCACAUAGUGGGACCUCAUAAAUGUUAGGCAGAUGGAUGGAUGGAAGGAACAAAGGAACGAGGGAGGAAGGGGAAGAGAGAUUGGGACCAUCAGACCUUGAUCACUGUAGGAGUGGUGACAAUUCACUGUCCCCUCUCGGUGUGUCUGAUGAUGUGUAAGUACAAUAUGUGGUUGUAGGUGGGUGUAGCUCUAUGUUUGAAACUUCCAGGCUACCUUUUUCCAUCAGCAUGAAUUCUGGGGAACUGUGGGGAGGUAGGAAGGGGAGCAUUGCCCUGGGUACCUAAAUCCCUGGCCCACCACAGACACAGGUUCUGAUUGCUCAGCCGGGGAUGCCCAACAACUAGCAUUUCACUCAGCCC